AUGAGCGAGACACAAACAGGCCAGCCAGGCCAGCCAGGCCAGUCAGGCCGGCCUGACUCUUCCGGCAGGCUGAACGACCCGACAGUAGUCGAAAUAAAGCCACGACAACAUGAUAAUAACAAAAUUCAGCCUGAGCCUGAAAGCUCUCCAAAACCACCUCCAAAGGUUGAUGAUCAUCAGCAGAUUAGCGAGCCUUCGGAUUCAGACAGGCGCGGAAGCGUUACUAUAGAAAGAACGCUACCUCGCGGAAUGGGGGAGAUGCAUCAUUAUGAUAGGGGAAUAAGAGUAACUCAUAUUUGCAACGAAACAGAUCCUCCGACAUCGAGCAGUGCCUGGUUUUCGUCCCGACGUUCCAAUAAGUCUCGUGAACAGGCCCUGGAGCAGGAAAUUCACCAUCUGCGAUCAGAAGUCGGGCGCCAACGACAAGUCAUCACCGAACUGCAAGAGGGAAACGCGUUUACCAAGAACGAAAAUUUCCAGCUUCGUGGGAAGCUACGGGAGAUCAAUGGCUUGAUCCGUCGAACGCAGGAGAGAGCAUUCGGGGAAAUCGGCCAGGGCAAAUGGUCAUCCCAGCCUGACCGAGAUGUUCGGGACGAUUUGUCUUUGUUUCAACGUGGAAUAAGAGAUUGGAGUAAAGAAUAUGCCGUGGAUUCCAUAGCCGCACUGCAGUCGUCAAAAAUGAGCGAGGAAGAUAAGGGAGAGUUCCUCAACAACUUAGGCAAAGUGUUAACUCUGAGUGAUAACGGAAGCAUCCCUGGGUCCCUUGCCUCAGGGAAAAUGGAACGCAAACUCCCAUCGAUCCUUUUGAACGCUUUGGUCGCCCAUGACGUUUACACUCAAGUCUUCGAUGACCCGUUCUAUUUCCUUGGUCAGAACGAUGGAGCAGAUGACCAGGAAUGCCUUUCGGUCGAUGGUACACCGCUUGUCAACGAGACCCUAAACAAGAUAUACACAGAACUCAAGAAUCUUGACGAGCGAGAAGCUCAUAUUUGGCGUUCACAGCUGGUUCGGAUAUACAAUCCCCCAGAAGGGGGAACUCUCAGCGAGAAAGAAAAGCUGGCUGUCAAGAAGAUGCAUUCCCGAGUCGAACGCUGUAGUGACUUCCUUGCAACCAUCUUCCAUACUGGGCCAGCAAGAUACCUCUUUCGCAAAAUCCCUAGCGACCAGGAAACAGUUCGCCUCGAUAAGCUACGAGACAUCUUCUUGGAUGCUAGCGAAUUGUCCACUAGACUUUGGACGCAACGGACAUACAUGAAGAGCCAGAAUCUUCCAUCCUUGAAGUUAGAACCGUUUCAGGUCUCCUCUCCGUCUAUGGAGGCUCAUCCCUCACAGGGAUUGGAUGACGACGAGGAUAGCAAGCUGGAUGGCUCACGGGUGGAGGUAGUCGUGCACCCUGCUAUUCUGGCUUUUGGGAAUGAUGACUGUGAAAACUAUCAUAUCCCUCGCGUUUGGGCGAAAGCUGUGGUUUUGUUGAGGACGACAAGAUAG